AUGUUUCUCACGAUUUGUGCUGCCGUGGUGGUGGCUUACUACAUCGUCAAACACGCCCUCACGAAAUUCCACAGACGAAGGUUGGCCAGAGAACACGGCUGUCUCCCGCCACAAAACCAGUCCAUAGGCGGCGACCCCAUCAUCGGCCUCUCUCUCGUUCUCGAAACCGUCCGUCGCGCGAGGCAGAACGAGUAUCUCCGACUCGGCCAUGAGCGGUUCCGCAAAUUUGGCACGACGUACGUCAACAAGCGCCUGCUUUACGAGACGGUGAGCACAAUCGACCCGGAGAACGUCAAAGAGGUUCUCGGCACGAGCUUCCAGGACUUUGAGAUGCCGGCUAUCCGUGUAAAGGCUCUGGCACCAUUUCUAGGCGACGGCAUCUUCACGACGGAUGGUCCGCAGUGGGCGCACUCGCGGAGCCUCAUGCGGCCCAUCUUCACGAAGCACAACAUCGCGCCGCAGUUGGGGCGCUUCGAGGUACAUGUGGAGCGGCUACUCCAUCAUAUACCCAACAACGGAGCGACGGUCGACCUGAGACGGUUGUUUUUCAACCUGACGCUGGAUGUUGCGACUGAGUUUGUAUUGGGGCGGAGUACAAAUACUUUAGACCCGCAAAGCGCGACGGAGGCUGAAGGCCAGUUUGCAAAUGACUACAUGAGGUGCUGCGAAGAAGCGGCGCGGGUGAUACAAAUGGGACCGUUUUAUAGCUUCUCGUCAAGCAACUCUGUGGCUCAAGAGCGUGAUCGAGCGUGGAGUUACGCAUACAAAUACGUCGACGAAGUGAUGGCGAUGCGGAGCAAGGAGAAAGACGUGGAAGAGGGCGGUGGCAGCAUGGGGUAUAAUUUCCUUACGGAGUUGGCCAAGGAGACUGAUAACCGUGAGACGCUCAGGGACCAGGUCAUGAACAUACUCAUCGCGAGCCGAGACACAACGGCGGCGCUGUUGGGGAAUUUGUUCUUCAUGCUGGCACGUCAUCCUAAGGCGUACGCAAAGUUACGUGAGGAGGUGACGGCGAUCGUGGGUAACGAUCUGCCUAGCGAAGCACAUAUCAGGGAGCUAACUUGGCUUCGGUAUUGCAUCAAUGAAUCACUGCGGUUGCACCCGCCCAUCCCGGCCAACACACGUCAGGCAACACGCGACGUCAGGCUUCCGGUCGGGGGUGGUACGGACGGCAGAGCGCCGUUGCUGGUCAAGGCAGGAACAAAUGUCUUGAUGAGCGUGUUCAGCAUGCACCGGAGAGAAGACGUGUUUGGGGCCGAGCCGGAGGAAUUUCGGCCCCAACGGUGGAACGGUUUGCGACCCGGGUGGGCGUAUCUGCCGUUCAACGGUGGCGCGAGAAAGUGUCUUGGGCAACAAUUCGCGAUAACGGAGGCAUCGUAUGUCAUAGUCCGGCUGGCGCAAACAUUCACAGAGAUCGAGCCACGGGAUAGCCGGCCAUUCACCGAGGACUAUUCGAUUGCAUUGUUUUCCAAGCACGGAGUGCAAGUGGGAUUGAAGCGCGGAGGAUAA